AUGCCCCAAGAGCCGAAACCUAAGAAGAAACGAGUCCCUAUUACCGCGCUUACCAAGCGUAACAUUUGCAUCAAGAAACGCGAUAAUGCAAAACUCCGGGACGAAGACCUUGCUCGCGAGUACGGGCUUGAUAGGAGUACUAUCACAAAAAUUCUUAAAAAUCGCGAAAAGUGGCUGGCAAUCGAUCCAAAUUCCAACAAUGCCAAACAGAAAACCCAAAAAUCCCCCAAAUUUCCACAAAUAGAGGAAUCGUUGGCAACCUGGUUAGAUAUGGUUCUUGGGGAAGGUGCAGCUGUUAGCGAUAUGCAACUACAGGAGAAAGCUUUGGAAAUCGCCCAAACUUAUGGAAUUAGAAACGAGUUCCAGGCGUCGAACGGGUGGAUAUCCAAGUUUAAACUUCGUCAUCAGUUUCGUAGUGGCGAAAGUCCAGGAGCGGGAGAUGUUUCGUUGCAGGUCAAUCAACAACCUACCAUUCCUGGUACUUCCGUGUUGUCGCCUGCCGAACACUCUUAUGUGAAUUUGUUCCCGACAACAUAUCCACACACCAACUCAAAAGCGAAUCAAACCAAUACACUCUCUCUAGGGACCAGCACACCUUCCCCUUUCAUUCCUUAUGGAGCUUCUCACCCAACACCCAUGGGAACUUCUUACUCUCCUUCCCGAAUAUAUCCAAUCCCAAGCUCCAUAACUCCGAAUUUUUCAAUUGAAAAUACCGCUUUUCUGUUUUGCGAUUAUCAGAAUGAUAUUAUCGGAAUGAAUCAGAAUAGUCAAACACUUAAUCAAUUUUUGUCACGCUCUCGACAACUCUUUCGAGCAGUUCAUCAAGCAAGGCAAAAGCGAAAUAGUAUCACGAGUGUUUCUAUCGGUACUUCAUUCCGCCCUGGGUAUCCUGAGGUUUCCCCAAACAAUCAAAAUUUCGUAUUGUUGAAAUUAUAUGGGCGCCUCAUUGAAGGAACCAAAGGUGCUGAAUUCAUUGAUGGAUUGGUGCCUGCAGAAACUGAGGACGACAUUGUAAUUAAAAAACGCCGCCUAGAUGCAUUCUAUAAUACGGAUCUUAAAAUGAUCCUUGAAUCACGUAACAUCAAGCAUAUUGUACUCGCGGGCAUUAACACGGGUGGUGUAAUACUCUCCACUACACGAUCUGCUUGUGAUAUGGACUUUAGAAUUACCGUCGUAAAAGAAUGUUGUUUUGAUGGAAGCGAGACCGUACAAAAUGUCUUGAUGGAUGAAAUAUUCCCAAGGCAAGGUAUCGCUGCCAUGAAUGUUGACGUUAUAUUGAACGAAUUGAGAUAA